AUGCCGAUGCACCAGGGCCAGCUCCCUCGCGAGGGCUUCGUCGCGGACCCCAUCUUCCGCCUCAUCGGCCGCACCGCCCUCAACCCUGCCCUCAUACUGCCGUUGCUGCUCCUGGCCCGCUACACUAAGAAGGGUGGUGACCUCACGAUCCUGCACCCGACAGCCUUUUCAAACCUCAAGACGUUAGCAUGGCUUUCCGUCGCGCGGUGGGCGAACAACUGGUUGUCGGCGCGCUCCAUAAACAACUGGGUCUCUGACCGCUACAACUGGUCCAAGGAGAUCGUCCUCGUAACCGGCGGCGCUGGCGGUAUCGGAGGACACGUCGUGCAGCUGCUCGCUGAGCGUGGCAUCACCGUUGUGGUGCUGGACAUCCAAGAGAUGACCUUCACUGCGGCAUCAAAUGUCCACUACUUCAAGUGCGAUAUCACCUCAACCGACAAGCUGGCCGCUGUCGCGCGAGAUAUCCGCGACCGUGUCGGAAACCCGACGAUCCUCAUCAAUAACGCCGGUGUCGCCCGCGGCAAAACCGUCCUCGAUGCUACCGAGCGCGAUGUCCGGUUCACUUUUGACGUCAACACGCUCGCCCACUACUGGAUCGUCAAGGAGUUCCUCCCGCACAUGGUCGAGAAGAACCAUGGCAUGGUCGUCACCAUCGCCUCCUACGCCGCCUGGCUGACGGUGCCCUCUAUGGUCGACUACGGCGCCUCCAAGGCCGCCGCCAUGGCCUUCCACGAGGGCCUCUCGGCAGAACUUGUGACCACAUACAAUGCGCCGCGCAUCCGCACCGUCAUCGUCAACCAAGGCUACACCAAGACGCCGCUGUUCACGGGAUACGAGCAAGGCCUGCAGUUCCUGAUCCCCGCGCUGGAGCCCGAGACUGUGGCGGAGGCGAUCGUGAAGAAGGUGCUCGAGGGCACCAGCGGGCAGGUCAUUCUGCCUGGUACCGGAAGCACGCUGCCGGCGUUGAGGGCGCUACCGCACUGGUAUCAACACCACAUGCGGUGCGACGGGAAGAAGCUGAUGAAGAACUUCGCCGGCAGGCAAGUCGUGAAGGACGUUGAGAAGUACUACGCCGACAAGGAGCAGCACCAGGAGAAGACGGAGGAGAGCACCGUGCUCGUCGGGGAGCAGCCCACCGCGAACGGUAUUGAAUAG